UAGUAUAAAUUUAUAUGUGACUUUCAAUAUAAUAUUAAACGUAACAAUUACUAAAGACAAAAAAAUACUUGAUUUUACCAAAUAUACUUGAGUAACGCAUCUAAACUCUUGAUUGAAAAUAUACAUGCAACAGAGACACAAGAAUUAAGAUAAUGGCAGGACAAGGACACCAGUUUCCUGGAAACUUUCAGGGAAAUGCUGGCGCCAUGAGAACGGGUUUUGGCGGCCCUAUGGGUGGCCAGAUGCAAUCCAUGCCUAAUCAAUUGACUGGUGUAAUGGGAGGACAAAUGGGAAAUACUGGUAUGGUGGGAAUGGGGAAUCAAAUGGUACCACCAUAUGGAGCUGCUAUGGCAGGACAAAUGGGAAAUAUGGGUAUGGGAGGCCAGGGAAUGGGUGCACCCAUGGCCGGAGUAGGAGCUGGGCCUGGUGGCCUCGUUCCACAGGCAGUGCAACAACAAGGCGGUAUGCAGGCGGGGCCGGUGGUGCAGGCGGCCGCCGCCCCCCCGCCCGCGCCCGCCGCGCACCCGCCGCAGAACAAGGAGUUCAACACUGCUUCGCUAUGCAAAUUCGGUCAAGAAACAGUUCAAGAUAUCGUGAGUAGAACACAAGAUGUAUUUCAAACAUUAAAAGCGAUCCAGCCUCCGAAUGGAACACAACAUGGGGAAAACGCAAGCAACGAUAAGAAAGCAAAAAUGCAAGAACAGCUCCGUACUAUACGACUCUUGUUCAAGAGGUUAAGGCUCAUAUAUGAGAAAUGUAAUGAAACAUGUCAGGGCAUGGAGUACACGCAUAUGGAAAGUCUAAUACCGUUAAAAGACGAAGCAGAGAAUAAAGCGCUAGAUGAAAGACGAAACACUGAAUCCUACAGAUUGGCGUUGGAAGAAAACAGAGAAUUGACUGAACAGGUGGUUCUCAAAAAUAAGCAGUUGAAGGAAGUAAUUACAAACCUACGGACGAUAAUUUGGGAAAUUAAUGUUAUGUUAACAAUGCGAAGGUCAUAAAUUGUUAAAAAUUUAAAUAAAUUGUGUAAAUGUUAAUAUUUUAUUAUCAUAAUAAAAUUUAUUUAAGC